UUUGAUGGCAAGGCAACCUUUUUCACUCCUAACCAAGGCGCCUGUGGUGAAUGGAAUGAUAAUAACGAUAUGAUUGCUGCUGUAGGUGGCGAGCUCUAUGGAAGUUACAGUAAGAAAAGCAGCGUUUGUGGUAAGAAGGUGCUGGUAACCAACAAGGCAAAUGGUAAAAGCGUCAAAGUCACUAUUACUGAUGCCUGUGAGAGCUGUGACAAGACUCAUAUAGAUCUUUCACCCGCAGCUUUUGCAAAAAUUGGCAAAUUUGAUACGGGUGUCCUUAAGGUUGAAUGGCAUUAUAUCUAA